AUGGGGCGUCGCUCGGUUAAUACUACAAAGAGUGGGAAGUUUAUGAAUCCAACAGAUCAAGCAAGAAAAGAGGCACGUAAAAGGGAGCUCAAAAAGAAUAAAAAGCAGCGGAUGGCAGUGCGUCAUGCUGUACUGAAGGCUAAAGAUCCUCUGCAGUUACUCGAAGAAACAUCACUGUACGACAAACAAGAGUACGACCCUGACGUUCAGGCACAACUAAACGAAAGGGUUUUACAGGAAAAAAGAAAAAAACUAUUGGAAACUUUUGAUCGUCUUGUUACGUUAUAUAGAAAAGAGGAUUCAGACUAUGCCAACCGGUUGCAGGCAGCACGUGAAGACUACGAUAAACGACGUCAUGAGAUGAUGCUAUAUUAUGAACAAGUUAAAUUGGCAGAAAGAGUUAACGCCAGUGAAAUUCCACUUCCUAACUUGCCACAGUCACAAGUGGGGAUCGCAGCUUCAGACAUACCAUUGCCUUCGACAACAUACGCUAAGAGCAUUCUUAAGAAGUCAGUGGGAGCUCCAGGUCUCCCGCCUAAUAUACUUCCUACAGGACGUAAACCUCCAGGACCACCUCCAGGGACCCCUCCAGAGCUGUCGGAUAGUGAUGGAGAAGAUGGUUCUCUGGAGGAGAAUGUAACCAAACAACGUAAAAUCCGAUUUGCUGAUACAAAUGCUGUGCCAGAGAAAGAAGAAUUAGUCAAUGUACCGCAGCCACCUGUCGAAAAGUUUGUCGGUGGGUUUCCAACUAUUCCCCCACCCCUGUCUCAGAUUCCUCUACCACCGCCCAUGGCCCUACCAUCAUUCACCGGCCUUAUUCGCCCUGGGUUUCCUGGAGCGCCUCAACCUGUUCCAAACCGUUUUGUUUACCGUCCGAUCGGCGCCGUUUUAUCAGCUCCGCCUAGUUUGCAUCUCCGUGAUACACUUGACAAUACUGAGUUCGUUAAUAGUCUGGCAGUAGCAAAUAGUUUUAACAGCCAACCAAAUCCAAGUGGAACGACAAUAGAAGCAAAACCUCAGCUAAAGAAUUUGAUCGGUGAUGCGACGCGUUUCGUUCCUACAGCUCUUAAAGUACGUCGAACUGUUCGUGAUACUAGUGGUCGAUUAGUUACCACUGGAGGAGGUACAAGUGCUCAUGACACAGGAAAACAAAGCAACGCUGCGUACGAUCGUGUUACAAAGACUGAUGGUACGAGUACUUCUGGACCAGCAGCUAGCAAAGAUGAUGUAUAUGAAGAGUUCAUGCGUGAGAUGGAAGGUCUCAUAUGA